GCAAUUCUAUUCGUACUUCAUCGUCCUCUUCCCUUGUCUGCUUCUCCUUAAAGCAUACACACAUCGCCGGGAAGAUACAGAGCCGCUCGAAACGGCGCGGUUUGGACUCUCCCCGGCACCCGGCAGCCCGGAGCGCGCUCGGACGCGGGAGAUCUGAUCGGUCGGAGGAACCGAUCUCGAAUCUCGAACCCCCGGAGCCCCGCAAGUUCCCGAAUUUCGGAGAUUCGCCGGUAAGUCGGGCGAGAAAGAUUCGAGCUUUGUCGGAUUCCCAUCCGCAUCGGAGAGUACGGAAUUACUUGUCCCGGGGGCAAUGACAUUAGGCUGCGGAAUGGGUGGUUUACUCGGUAAAGAUAUUGGAUGAGCCUGCCCAUACAUUCGUUGUUUAGAUUGGUUCAUUCCACGAGGCGCGUGGUGAUACACAAGAAGGGGUACAUCAAAUUUGGGUGGAGGACACGUUGAUUGUCAGGGGCAUUAGAGCAUUAGAAUGUCUGCAGAGGGAGGUGAGGUUGCUGCAAUGCGGGAAAGUAACAUUGAAGAUUCUUUGGAGACAGGGAAUCACAUGAAUGACACUAGCCUUAGAAGCAAUGGGCUUCCUGCGAAGGAGAAUGGAUCGUGUGAAAACAUCCCGCAUUACGGUGAUAGCCAUGAUGAGCUUGUGCAGAUGGUUACUGAACUCAAGCUUCAAAAUGAGUUCUUGAAGUCUCAUUUUGAGGGUCUAAAAGAUCUUCACUUGGAAGAGAUUAGAUCUCAACAACGAACAGAAGUGGGCAGGCAGGAAGGCGAAGAUGUGAAGAGACUCAAUGAGAGAAUAGAAUCUCUGGAGAGAGAACUACUGCAGGAGAAGCAAACACGAGGUGCAGCAGAGGAGGCUCUGAAGCAUCUUCAAGUAGCACAUUCAGAGGCAGAUGCACGAGCCCAGGAGCUCUCAGCCAGGCUUGCUGAAGCUCAACAGAAGAUGGAUCAAGAAAUAAAAGAGAGGGAAGAGAAGUACUCUGAACUCGAUUCCAAAUUUAGCAGACUUCAUAAAAGGGCCAAACAGCGUAUUCAAGAGGUUCAAAAGGAGAAGGAUGACCUUGAAGCUCGUUUCCAUGAAGUAAAUGAAAUAGCUGAACGAGCUUCAUCCCAACAGUUAGCAUUACAACAAGAGGUGGAUCGGACUCGUCAACAAGCAAAUGAAGCAAUGAAGGCAAUUGAUGCUGAGAGGCAGCAAUUAAGAAGCACAUGCAAUAAACUUCGAGACGACAAUGAGGAAUUGCGGCGAUCUUUGCAACCUAAAGAUCUUGCCCUUGAGUCAAUGCAACAGUCCCUUCUUGAGAAAGAGCAGAUGUUGGAAGACCUGCGAAAUUUGCUAAAAUCUGCAGAAGAGAAGAGGCAAGCUUCUCUAUCUGAACUCACCGCCAAACAUCAGAAGAGCAUAGAGAAUUUGGAGUCCCAACUAGUUGAUGCAGCCUCUGAUAGAAGCAAAGCAACCGAAAUGAUAUCUUCACUUCAGGUCCUACUUGCAGAAAAAGAAUCUGAGAUUGCAGAGCUUGAUGCAGCUUCAACUGGUGAAGCGGCAAGACUUAGAGCCGCAAUGGAAUCUGUUAAAGGAGAGGUUGCACAUUUGAAACGUGAGCAUGAUAAGGAAAAGGAAAGCUGGGAAGCUGCUUCUCAGGCACUUAAAGCAAAGCUUGAGGUGGCUGAGAGCAACUGCAUUCAUGCUGAAGUUGAAGUGGCUAAGUUAAAAAGUCAGCUGGAGUUAGAAGCAUCUUCACAUGUGAAGUUAUUGAAUGCUAGAGAUGCUGAACUAGCAGCUGUCAAAGAAGAGAUCCAUCGCCUGCAAAGUGAAUUUUCUUCCUAUAAGGCUCGUGCCCAUGCACUUCUUCAGAAAAAGGAUGCUGAACUUGCUUCAGCUAAGGAUUCUGAAGAAGUUAAAGCUCUUGAGGAAGCACUUAAGGAAACUGAAAAGGAAGCCCUACAGGCAUCUGCAGAAAGGGAUAAGGCCAUCCAAGAUCUUCAGGCUGCUUUAGCUAAUCAUGUUAAAGAACUCAAGGAAAGAGAUGCAGCUCUUAAUACUGCCACGCAGCAGAUGAAGACCAUUGAAAUGAACCUUGACUCUAUGAAUGCUCGGCAUCAAAAAGAUAAAGAAGCAUGGGAACUAGAUCUUAAAAACUUGGAAGAAACGUGGCGAAAUAGGUGUGAGGCACUAAAAGCUGAAAAGGAGGCAGAUUUGGGGAAAGAUAUAAAGCCAGAAUUAGAUGAGCUUAAAUCUCGCUACAAAAGAUUGAAGGAGGAGCAUGAUUCAUUUAGAGAUCUAGCUGAUAGAAUGAUUGAGGAGAAGGACAAUGAAAUUUCCAGGUUGUUUGAUGAUAAUAAGAAUCUUCAACGAUCUCUGGAAUCAAGACCACUGUCAAAAAAUUUUCAGGCUGAGAACAACGAUUAUUACACUGCAGCCUCGCAGAAACAGGAAAUACCAAACUCAGCUAGCUCAGCAGCUGACCAGCAAAUUCUGCUUUUGGCAAGGCAACAAGCUCAAAGAGAGGAAGAAUUGGCUCAGUCUCAGAGGCAUAUUUUGGCUCUUCAAGAAGAAAUUGACGAGCUUGAGCGUGAAAAUCGUCUUCACAGUCAACAGGAGGCCAUACUGAAGGAAGAGCUUCGCAACAUGGAAAGGAUGCAGAAGAGGGAAGGGGUAGAUAUGACAUAUUUAAAAAAUGUUAUCCUGAAGCUUCUUGAAACAGGUGAGGUUGAGGCCCUGUUACCAGUGGUCGCUAUGCUGCUUCAGUUCAGUCCAGAAGAGAUGCAGAAAUGUCAACAAGCUUACCGUGCUGCUACGGAUGUCCCUCCAACUCCACCAAAUGAUACUUCAGGAUCUCCUCUGUCGCUUCUCUCAAGAUUCUCAUUUUCAUAGUGGCAAAGAGUAAGACAAGACCAGGAAUUCUUUUGUUAAUUGACCAGAGUCUGCAAUCACAUUCCAGCUGCAAAGUUGCGAAUGCAUGUGUUGGUGCUUAGAAGGUGGUCUGCGGUUCUGUAAAACUUGUUUCUUUUAACAUCAACAUUAUCAGGCGAAGUGCGGAGAUAUUGUAAAGAACAUACAGAGGAGAGAAUGUAUACUAGACCAAGAGGCAGAGGAUACACACAUUAGCAAAUCCACUGUAAUUGCUUUGAUUAUUGUGAAGGAAAAAGGAAGCAGCUGUUUACUUGUUA